AAUUGAAUGGAAACGCGCAAUGUCUGAGAUGUUGGACGGUGCAAUCCGACGAGUCGUUGUUAUCGGAAAUGGCUUCGCCGGAGCUGAGAAUCAGAGUAUUGGAUUGGUCCGUGCUCUCGGUCUCUCCAAUCGUCUCUCCUUAUACCGUGUGACGAGGCCACAAGGAAGAAUCAAUAGGUGGCUUAAGUGGCUUCCAGUUUCAAUUCAUAAAAAAUUAGACUCCGUUAUAAGAAAGAUCUGUGGAAAUUCACGAUUUCAAUCACCCAAUCACAGCAUUGGUAUGUCUAACGUUUUAGAAGCCGAUGCUCAUAGCAUUGCGCAUAUGGCACGUGAAACGUUUUACAAGGAUGGUCCUUUGUUGGUGGUUGCUUCUGGACGAGACACCAUUUCUGUUGCGACUUCCAUUAAACGGUUAGCUUCGGAAAAUGUUUUUCUAGUUCAGAUACAACAUCCAAGAUUCCUCCUUAAUAGGUUUGAUCUUGUGAUUACUCCUCGCCAUGAUUAUUAUCCCCUGACUCCUCAUGCCCAACGACAAAUACCUUGGUUUCUUCGGAGGUGGGUCACACCAUGGGAACCUCCUGGUCGCAACGUGGUCCUUACUGUGGGGGCACUUCAUCAAGCUGAUCCGGCUGCUCUUAGGGUUGCUGCUUCUGCUUGGCAUGAUGAGUUAGCAACUCUGCCAAAGCCCUUGCUUGUGGUUAACAUCGGGGGACCUACAGGCAAUUGUCCUUAUGGUGUGGAUCUUGCAAAGAAUUUAGUUGUUAUGCUUCAGAAUGUUCUAUGGAGCUGUGGGACAAUCAGAAUAUCUUUCUCGAGAAGAACUCCUGAGAAGAUCUCCAAAAUUUUGGUCAAAGAAUUUUCCACAAAUCCUAAGGUCCAAAUAUGGGAUGGUGAAGGUCCAAAUCCACAUAUGGGACAUCUGGCCUGGGCUGAUGCCUUUGUUAUCACAGCUGAUUCAGUUAGUAUGUUGAGUGAAGCCUGCAGUACUGGGAAGCCUGUGUAUGUAAUUGGAGCAGAACUGUGUACAUGGAAGUUUGCUGACUUCCAAAACUCUUUGCAGAAGCAAGGAGUUGCUCGACCAUUCACAGGGAUGGAAAAUAUAACUGAAAGCUGGAGUUAUCCUCCACUUAAUGAUACUGCAGAAGCUGCUAGUCAAGUGAUUGCUGUGCUUGCUCAGCGGGGAUGGACUAUUUGUGCAUAAUGAUUCCUUAAGCCUCCCAAGAUUCCUCUGGAACUCAUGGAGUUCAUUGACUAUGAUUGAUUGAAGAGGAAACACCAUCUUGUUCAAUUUCAACUGGUCAUGCUUAGCUUCAGUGUUUCCCGGCAGCCACAGCAGUUUCCUUCUCUUGCAAAAGUCGCUAAAAAUGGUUCUGACUUAAGUGGAUUGGGCAACGGGUGGUCUAACCAAUUUUUGCUUAUAAAAGAAUUUUGUUGUUGUUACCCUUCCCCCAGUAAUGAUUGUUGUGAGCUUUAGAAUUUAGAUAGUCUGCAUCACACAUCCAAAACUUUUUCUUUUAAAUCAGCCAUGGAAAUGUAUCUUAAUGUAAAAUGAAUUGUAUUGAAUGAGAUACUUUUGGUCAUGGUACAUAUUUUUUAAUAUCAUUUCUUACUACCAUUUCUCCUAA